GGGAUAAACUCUCGCGAGACGUGAGCGGCGCGCGCCUGCCUGCGCCCAACGGCUGCCGCGGGAGAGUUCGAAAUCGCCGGGAGAGCGCGCGGCGGCGGCGGCGGCCGGGUCUCUCCAAAGGUUUUUGGAAACGCAACCUAUCGAUCCAUGAGGAUUCCUUUCUGUGAGAGUGCCAGGUUUAUAACACAAGGAAAAGAAAGACUAUAAUGAAGCGUGAAGCAUUUUUACAAGUUGUGUCCAAGGACUCAAUUGAAGACUUUUUGCGUUUUACUCAGAUUCCUAAAAAUACAUUUGAUCCUUUUGACUUGAAUGAACUACUUCAAGAACUGCCAAGAAAACAAAAAGAAAUACUAUGGGAAAGGCUGACACAUCUGUUGACACAGAUUUUGAUGGAGAACCCUAUGGAAACAUGGCAGAGGACUGAAGAUGAUGAAAUUAAUGAUGAUAUGGAAGUUGAGAUAAUUACAGAAAUGAAACAAACUGUAGCUGUGAUCCAAGGAGUGACAGCUGUAGUUACUGCUUCCAUACCUGUAGUGGAUGAAAAUGUGAACUACAAAGCACUUCUAGAAUGUGUUUUUAUAUUAAAUGGUAUUCUUCCUGCAUUACCUGAAUCUGAAAAAAUCCUACAGGGUGCCAUUCAGCGUGUAUGUGAAAUGUGGUGGGAGAAAGGACUGGAAGGGAAGGAACAGCUGGGGAAAACCAUAUUUAUUAUACUGCUAAAAAAAAGCCUGAAUAAAGCUGCUACGGGUGCAGAUAUAGUUCGUCUAUGGAAUCUACAUCAGACAUUACUUUGUUUUGAUUAUGACUUAGAGGACAGUAAUGAAGUCAAGGACUUGUUGCUUCAGUGUUUUAUGAGUGUUAAACACAUUAAGAAAGAAGAGGGAAGAAGAUUCUUGAGUUUUUUGUUCAGCUGGAAUGUGAACUUCAUUAAAAUGAUCCAUGGAACUGUUAAAAACCAAUUACAAUUUUUUCCAAGAUCCUUGAUGGCAUACAUUUCAGAAGUUUACUUCAGGGCCUGGAAGAAGGUGUCAGGAGAGAUCUUAGAGAUGCUUGAGCAUAACUGUAUUCAGGACUUCAUGCAUCAUGGAAUACACCUUCCCAGAAGUUCUUCUGUUCAUUCUAAAGUGAGAGAGAUGCUGAGUUAUUUUCAUAAACAAAGUAAAGUUCGUCAAGGAGUUGAAGAAAUGCUGUAUAGGUUGUAUCAACCUAUCCUUUGGAGAGCCCUGAAGGCCAGAAACUCAGAAGUUCGAUCAAAUGCAGCAUUUUUGUUUGUUGACGCUUUUCCUGUUCGUGAUCCCCAUCUUAACACUGAAGAGAUGGACAAUGAAAUUCAGAAACAGUUUGAAGAACUUUUUAAUCUCUUAGAAGAUCCUCAUCCAGUUGUCCGCUCUACAGGGAUACUUGGAGUUAGUCAGAUAACAUCCAAAUACUGGGAGAUGAUUCCCUCAACAAUUCUUGCUGAUCUUUUAAAAAAACUAAUUGGAGAGCUGGCAUAUGAUAUAACAUCUGCUGAUGUUCGCUGCUCUGUUUUUAAAUGUCUACCAAUAAUUUUGGACAACAAGUUAAGUCACCCAUUACUGGAACAACUCCUGCCAGCAGCUAAACACAGUCUCCAUGACAAUUCUGAGAAAGUGCGAGUGGCUUUUGUUGAUAUGCUGUUGAAAAUUAAGGCUACCAAGGCUGCUAAGUUCUGGAAAAUCUGUCCCAUGGAGCAUCUUCUAACUCGUCUUGAAGUUGAUUCACGGCCUGUGUCACGGCGCAUAGUGAAUCUCCUAUUCAACUCCUUCUUUCCUAUUAACCAACCUGAGGAUGUAUGGUGUGAACGCUGUGUUACUCUAAUCCAGAUGAAUUCAGCAGCAGCUAGGAAGUUUUAUCAAUAUGCUUAUGAGUAUACUGCCCCCACCAAUAUAGCUAAAUUGAUGCUAACUAUUCGGCGCUGCUUGAAUGCCUGCAUCCAGAAAGCAACGAAAGAGAGUUUUCAUCAUAAUGAUGAGGAUGAUGGUGAUGAUGAAAAUGAAAAGGAGAACAUAAGUACGUUGAAUAAUGUGUUGUCAAUAAAUGAUAUGGCUUCAAUGGCAAGUUUGUUGGAGAUAACUGUAAUUCUUUGGAGAAGUAUUCACAAAGCACUAGAUCACAAUGAAGAUGCCAAAGAUUAUGCCAUCAGAAAAUUUGCUUCUGUACUUCCUGAAUACUUUAAAGUAUUUAAGGACGAUCGUUGCAUGAUUCCGCUGAUUAUCCUGGCAUCCUUUAUGCCACCUGCUGCUAUUCCUACAUUCAGCUGUAGUGUGAUCUCAAAACUCAGAAAUCUUGACAGUGGAGCUGAUGAAAGCAAAUAUUCCACCCUGAUAGACUGCAUGUGUCGCUGGGGUCAAGUGGGACACAUUAUGGAAUUAGCUUGUGACUGGUUGUCUGAUGUGCUAACCCCAAGAAAGAGCAUUAAAACAUCAGAACGACGAGUACGUAUCCAUGUAACGCAUGAAUCAAAGCCAGAAUUAGCACUUGAUUACAUUGAAUAUUUAUUGACUCAUCCUGUUAAUCGAGGUUGCCUGCUUGCUGUUCCUAAAAAGAAACUGAACCAGCUUUUGAGAAUUCUCAGUGCUGCAAAGGAGGUUCUUGGCUCAAUUCUGAAAGCAACUGAUACAAGUUCUGGCAGCUGCAAUCAAGCAACUGGCCUGAGAGCCUUCAGCCUCUAUUGUAGGUUGAGUAUUCAUCUUCAGAACAAGUUUUCUGAAGAAGGAAAAGAUUACCUUUCACUUCUGAAGGAGACGGGUGCUUGGAUUGAAAGUCAAAUCAUACCUUUUAUACUAGCAAGUGGUCAAGAGGAUGGCAUUUCAGAACACCGUAAUGUUUCUGAGUCAAUUAUCCAGGCCUAUCUGACAGUGUGUAAAGAUGUCGUAAUGGUUGGCCUUGGAAAUCUCAAGUUUCAAGCACACCUUUUAGAUAUGGCACUUUCAGUUAUACAAACAGAGAGAGGUGGCUUUUGUAUUCCAGUAUUGUUAUGUGCUCUUAAAGAAAUUAUUGAAGCUUCUUUGGCUCAGAAUACUGACACGGAUGAAGUGGCAGAUCUUCUGUAUGCUGUUCAGACUGUCUUCCAGAAAGUUUUAGAAUGUGUGGUGCACAGGCUCAAGAAACAGCAGGAAGAAGGGCUUCAGUUGAUUCACUCUAUUCAAAUGCCUCUUGGGGAAUUCAUACACACAGUCCAGUACUGGCAUUCAACUUACACAGCAGUUCACAAGGGUGUACUCUCAACUCUCCUAGCUGCAGUAGUAGCAGAGAUAAAUCAUAUGCUACAGAAGCCUUCCAGUGAAGGAUGUGUAAAUAUGCCAAAGACUAUUUCAGACCUCCCCCCUCUUUCAAGCAGCUUAAUGGUCAUAAUUAUGAAGACAGUUGAUGUUGUCAGAUCAUUUUUAAAUGAAUUACUGGAGUGCAUUAUCUCUGAAGAAAUUGAAGGGAUUUUUAAUCUUACAGCUACUGUCUGCAUUGUUCUUAUAAUUAAAGGUAAGCACAAAACUUCACUUCUAAAGGAUAUUGCACCUGCCAUUCAGAGAAAGCUGAUAACAUGCAGGGAAGCUGCCACAGAAGACUGUAGCAGCACUGAAAGAAUCCUGUAUGAAUCAUCUCUGAAAUUUUUGGAUGAACUUCUGAAUCCUUGACCACACGGAGGCUUUUGUCACGAAAAUUUAAAGGGAGGAGGAUGUAUUGUUUUUGAAACCAGAUUAUCUUGUAAAAAUAUUAAUACUUAGCAUUUAUAUUCUGUUAUCUUGUACAUUUAAAGUAGGCAAAAUGUAUAAAAAUGUAUAUAGAAAUAAUGUAAUAGUAAAGACUUUUCAAAUGUUUUUAAAGAGAAUAUUCUGUAUAAAAUUGUCACUUCGGGGGUAAGUAAAAUCAGUAACUUUGUUUUUUAUUAAAUAAUAAUAAUAUUUGCUCAAAUACCUUGAGAUUGAGGAAACACAUAACCUCAGUCCCUGGGAAGAUUAUGAAGCAUAUUCAUGGAGAUUAUGGAAAAUGUUUCCAGACACAUGAAGAACUGAAUGGUGAUGAGGAAUUCACCAAGGACAAUUCUACCUAACCAACUGAAUUGCCUUCCUUUUGUGGACAAAGGGAGAGCAAUGGAUUCCAUUUUUCUUGUUCUUAGCAAAGCUUUUGACAGAGGCUCUUACAGUAUCCUUGUGGUUAAACUGCAGAGAGAGAGACUGGAUGAGUGAAACAAGAAGGUGAGUGGAAAACGAGCUGGACAUCAAGCUUGAAGAGCAUGGGUGCUGUACAGUCCAGCUGAUUGCCUGUUACUAGUGGCCUUCCUCAGGGUAGAUACUACGGCUGACACUGUUCAACAUCUUCAUUUUAAAACCUGGACAAUGGGACGCAAUGCAACCUCAGUCAGUUUGCAGAUGACAUGAAGUUGGAAGCAGUGGCUGAUAUGCUGAAGGGUAGGGUUGCCAUUCAGAGGGAUCUGGACAGGCUGGAGAUGAGGGCUAACAUAAAUCUCAUGAAGUUCAACAAAGACACAUGCAAAGUCCUCCACCUGGGAUGGAAUAAUCCUGUACACCAACAUAGGCUGGGGGCCACCUGCCUGGAAGAUGGUUCUUCAAGAAGAACCUGGCUGUGCUGGUGGACAACUUGAACGGGAGUCAGCAGCACAUCCUUGCAACAACGAAGUAUGACCACAAAACUGGGCUGCAUUAGCCAGAUCCUAGCCAGCAGGUUGAAGGAAGGAGAGUGAAUUGAAACUGAAGACUGAAUUGGAACAGGUUGCUCAGAGAGACUGUGGAAACAUCCAUCCUUGGAGAUGUGCAGAACUUGAACUUAACUGAACAAGGCCCUGACCAACCUGAUCUAAUUUUGAUGUUAGCCCUGCUUGAGGUGAGGGUUGGACCAGAUUACCUCCUGAGCUUCCUCCCAAACUAAAUUACUCUGUGAUUCUAUUAUAAGUAUACUGGAGGGGAUGUGCCCCAGAUAUUAAAUAUAUAUUUGAUAAAUAUAUGUUAAAUUGUUUUAUAUUCUGCUAUUUUUAUUAACUAAGACUAAUGAUGCAGACAAUGCAGACAUGUAAGCCCUUAUUUGACUUUGUUAAUGCAACCAGGUGCUUUCCUAAGACUAGUAAUAGAAUGUUGAUUGCAGAUUAAGUUAUUUUGCCUUAACUAAAGCAUCUAUAAAUUAAAUGUCUGAGCUCAUAAUGCUAUAUUUUUGUCUAUUUUAGAAGGAGAUCUAAUAGUUGUCUCUAGAAAAUGAUUCAACUACAGACUGUAAAAGGAUUAGUAUGUGCUUUGGAUAUCUAACUCCUAGUUAUCUACAAUUAACUGAGAUGAUUCCCCUACCUUCUAUCUAUGCAAAUGGCUCGCUGAGGUCACCAGUGUAUUACUGAGUGGCAUUGAGACUGCAAUUAGCAAGUUUAGCCAACUAAGAUGGACUCCUCAUUCUUGAUUAGGAUUUGUGCACAGUGCCUUACCCCUUUGCAAAUCAUCUGUCUAAAUAGGCAUCUACUGUGAUAUUUUUCUUUCUGUAGUAGGAAUUCCUAAGAUUUUUCUAGUGUCUCUGCUCUCUCAAAUGGAGUAAACUACCUUUUCCCUGCUUUACAGUAAAUUCAUUUUUAGCCUUAGCAUAUACCAACUUCCCUACCUGUAUAAAAGCUUAUUUAGUUGGAAUGUCUAUAUUUAAAAACAGUCAGAUCCUUUAUAAACAACUGUCAGACUUUGCAACAGCAAAAUUGGUAUGUAUAUGGAUAAGUGAAUUCCAGAAGAUUUACGUUAUCCACAACAGUAGCCUGAGCCAAAAACUCUAAUGCUGCCACAGCAGGUAUCUGUAGAUCUGCCAAAUGUUUAUCUAUCAACAUCUUUAUAAAAACUGUAUUCUUUGGCCUUCACUCUUCUACAUCUGUUAACAGGCAGGUGUUCCAGUAAUGACCUUUUAAAUCUUCUAAUUAUACAAAUGAGUUAAUGAAUAUGUAAAUCAGUUUCUUUUUUCUGCUUCUCAUUUUUUCACUAUUUGCUCAGAUUAGAUUAGAAGAGAAUCUGUUAUUGUCUUGUUCUUCUUCAGUGUAUUAUACUGCUCUUUCAGUGGUCACUUCUCAUGGACCCAAUAUCCCAGAGCCUGCAAGAAAUAAAGGUAACUACCAACAUGACAAAAAUGAAGAUUUCUUCUGAAGAAACUCAGAGGUGAUAUUGCUAGGAAGGGUUAAAAAAUUUUAAAAUAAACUUCUGACUUCCCUGUGACUGGUGCUCAAGUGAUUCUCAAGUGUUGAAAUAAUUUUCUGCUAGCAGUGCAGCUGGUAAAAUUCAGCUUGAGUGUUAGUCCAGCUAUUUUGUAACUGCUCGGACAGAAUGAAAACCGUUGGCUUUCUGCAACAGAAGUAAUCACGUUCCUGGGAUUUCUUGAGCCUAAGUCUGUCAGUGCUUUCUCCUUAGGCCUUUGUGGCAGAUUUCACAACAAUACAAUAGAAGUUUUAGGUUUUAUUCUCUGUUCUCAUUGCAAAACUAUUUAGAUCUUGGCAAGGUGUUAAAUCCAUGCAUUUUUCUUCUAUUUUCAAGAUAAAGUAGUAUAUGCCUUAUACUGAAUAACCUUUUUGAAACCUGUAAAGCAGAGAAUUGUUUUAUCUUAUUAAUUUGAAAUUUGAGGGAGAGGGUUGGCUUUUUGUUUUUGUUUUUCAUCUUAGGGUAAUUUUGACCUUCAGAACAGUUUAUUCAGCUAGCUGCACUAUACAAACUGUACGUUUGAAAACUUGCUAUACUUUUAAAACAGCUCCUUUGAGACCUUUUCACUCUUUGCAAGAAAUUGAACUUGGCUUUGAUUAAUAAAAUUGUUUGAAAUAUGAAGAAGACAUGCUAUUCGAAGAUAUUCCUUUGAGCAAUUUUGAUUUGUAGUUACUGACUUUUCUAGUCACAGCUGUGCCUGUUAGUGGCAUACCUGUUAGCCCUUCUGCAUACCUACCCAGUAUUGAUACUACUGAAUAAAGAAAUAGCUUCAAACUA